ACCAAACUCGAACCCUUUUUACAGCGGGAGGCCGGGGGAUAUGUAAGAUGCAUACUUCACUUCAGAGGUCCCAUUCUCCUCUCCCGCUCUUUUGAUUAGCCUUCACUGUGCCUCCUCAAACCCUAGAUUUCUCCUUCAUAGCUCACAAUGAAGCUCGUCAGGUUUUUGAUGAAGUUGAAUAAUGAGACUGUGUCAAUUGAGCUGAAGAAUGGAACCGUUGUUCACGGCACCAUUACAGGUGUGGAUAUUAGUAUGAAUACUCAUCUGAAGACCGUAAAGUUGACACUAAAGGGGAAAAACCCAGUAACUUUAGAUCAUCUCAGUGUGCGGGGAAACAAUAUCCGAUAUUAUAUCCUUCCUGACAGCUUGAACCUCGAGACUUUGCUGGUUGAAGAGACACCUAGGGUCAAACCUAAGAAGCCAACUGCUGGGAGGCCUUUGGGGCGCGGUCGGGGCCGUGGGCGCGGUCGUGGACGUGGCAGAGGCCGUUAGUUGGGUCGCAGUAAUUCUAAUUUUUGUGGCAUAUAGUCAUGUAAACAUCUAUGUUGUAAGGAGAAUUUGUUGGUAAAAUGGGGAAAAUUGAGAGAAUGCUAUUUCUAUUUUGUUGACCUCUUUGCCUUUACAGGCAAACUUGCGGACUCUGAGGCUUUUCAUAUCGGGUUGAAAUUCUUCUGGUGCUAGCAGGAAAUUGGGAAUUGAUGGGUUCAUGAUAUAUUAUUCCGGAAAAUUGUAGUUGGUAAUGCCACAAAUGAUUAAAAUAGAUGAAUAUUUGAUUUGAGUAUUCUCCUGGAAUUGUGUCCUUGAAAACGCGCCAAAAUUGUCUCAGCAUCUUUUUCUUGCAGUUUAUAACUCAUGCUGUGAUUGCACCUAAGCGAUUGGACAAUCGUCCAAAUCCACAUAGAUAUUGAACUGCUUUAAUAAUCAGCCUGAAAUUUCAAAUACGUGAGAUGAUUCUGUUUUUGAGUGCUUGGAUCUGAUCUUCAGUUUCAACACCGUCGCAGAUUGUAUUAAAAUAGCACUCAUUUACAAAGCGAUGAUUUUGAAUCGACCACACGAGUUGCUUGCAAUCGAUAAGAUAAGUUGGGUUUUUAGAUCAAAAUUGACCGUCAACUGGCGUGGCCAAGAAGAUAAGUUUUGCCAUUGGUUGGUGCACACGGAUGCUACUUCCAUGUCAUUGGUGCCCCAUAGCAAAUAUAAAUCGCUGCUCGCUCCCCAGAAAGGGGCGUUACUUUGUAGGCUUUCUUGCAUCAAAAGCUAGAAAAAGAAAAACAGGCGGCAUAUUGAGCGGCGGAACGAGAAUAUCUGAAGAUGGGGACGAAACCGAUGAAACAAGCGAUGGUCGUUUUUGGGGCUCUAGCAUUUGGAUGGCUGGCGAUUGAGAUGGCUUUCAAGCCCUUUCUGGACAAGGCUCGUGCGGCGAUGGACAAGUCCGACCCCAACCGCGAUCCAGAUGAUGUGAAAGACGAAUCUGCUCGGGAGGAAUCGCCGUCUGAUGCUGUUGCCCCUGACGGAAAACCAGCAAUUAUGUGAUGGUGAUUGGAGAGCAAUGAGAAUUUGGUGCUAGGUUUAAAAUAAGGGGCUGUUGAAAUUACGUAGUAUCUUAUAUGUUCCUAAACGGCACUAUGGAUGUACGAGUUUGGAAUUUUAUCAAUUACGAUCAUAUUUCUCCUA